GGCCUUUAUGCUACGCAAUAGACCUCUGACAUAAUAAGGCGCCAUCUUGGACUACUUUCAGUCAAAAUGGCCGCCCCCUGUCAUCUCUGUGGGAGUAGUGCUAGAGAUCUCUAUCUGCUAUCUGGGAGGAAGAAAAGUGAGGAUGUUCUUGAAGUGAUAGCUGUCAACUUUAGUUUUGUAUUUAUAAUAAAGAAAGUAUGCAGAAAUUGUUGGAGGACAUUAGAGCUUUUCGCAGGUCUUAAAAGGUCUGUUAAAAACAAUAUGGCUUCGAAGAAAAGAUGGAUAACUCCAGAUAAAAGUAAUACACCAAAGAGAAGGCGUGCUACCGUGGCUGAACAGAUUGUAUCUUCAUGUGAGAAGCGUGUGAUCCAAGUGUCUUCAAGUGAGAAGCGAAAGAGCGUGAUUGAAGUGUUGAUGUCAAGCAUAGAAAAAUUGAAGUUGGUAAUUGGAUUGUGGUGAUACAGUAGAUGAAUCAAAGUAUCUGGGUGUAAGGAUACCAAGGUUGUCAAGGACACAGGGACAAAUGAAGAAGCAAAACAGAAGGUGGUGAAUGAGAUGGUGGCUGCAUUCUCAGUUAUGUCAUCAAACCAGAUGAGUAUACUUUUAUCAGACGUCCCCUGAUACUCUUGCUGAGCAUCCUAUGUUUGAAGCUGCUUACAAUGAAAUAGAACUCAACAUCCCCUUCUUUUUAAGACUCAUGGAAGCUAUCAUAGGGAACUCUGGUAACAAGCGAGCCACAAUUGUAAUGAUUUAUAGCAUGAUCUUAAACAGUCGCAACAACAAGGUGUCUGCAAUACAAAGGAUGAUUACAACGCUGGCUGUCAGAUGUCAUGCUGACAAUAUGCUUCUUAGUAGACUGAACAAGCUUCACAUCACUAUGUCAGCGGUCAGUAAAGGCAAUAUAAUUACUGAGUGGGGAGAUAAUUAUGACAAGCGUUUAAAGAAAUCGAUAGCAGAUGGAAAUGAUGGCAAGUUGAAUGGGGACAAUGUGGACAUAUUUGUGACAACAAAUGACAUUCGAAUGACAAACAGGUCAAAAGACUAUCAUUUUUUUGCCACAGACUUUACACCAUUUAGGGUAACACCAGAAGACUUCAUGAAAAACGAAUAUUUGGUUAAUUAUUUGGAAAAUGAAAUGGAUCCAAACAUUAACGCAGGAAGGUUUAUGCCAGAUGCAAGUGUAUUUAAAGACAAUAUUAAACUUCUGGUAGCUAGAGAUCUUAUCACCCAUCUAAACUUCAAAUGGAUGGACCUUGUUGUACCAAAGCAUAUUGACCAUCCUCUUCAGGAUAUCAUGUCAAGGAAAACAACGUCCUUCUGUUUACCUAUUUUGUUGAAAAAUGAAGCCAAAUAUGAAGAUUGUAUCCAAAUCAUGGAUUCGUAUGAACAACAGUUACAAAGAUGGUACAGAGAAUGUGGUAGAAUUGAUGACUUCAAGAAUUGUUCCAUCCCUGUGGGUGGUGACAAACUUACACGGGUACGGCUUGAUGGAGCUAAGAAUUUGAGGCUUGGUGCCCAUACUGCUCAGGAGAGAUUUGACAACUUGUGUCCCGUGGUUGUUGAGAUGUUCCACACACAGAUGGAUUUCUUAGAGAAAACUAUGAAGAAAUUUUUCAAAAAGUCUUCUGGCAGGGAUGUUGGAACGUUGUAUAAUCUCAAAACAAUAAUUCAGAGAACCAGUGUCAACGGCAACGUGAAAAGUCGUUUUAAGGCACACGAAGAGUUUGCCCUACUUGUCGGGAAGGCAUAUGUGCUUGAGGCUGCUAUGGAGCACUUUGGGAUGGACAAUUGGAAAGUACUCCUACUCGAAAUGUACCGACGGAAGACAUAAACAAAAGUCACAUUCAAGACGCCUCAUGGAGUUCAACAAAUCAAUGGAUGGGUUUAUAACAAUGGUGUGCAGUUCCCUUAGUUUUAAUGAAGUACCUGACCAGAGCAGAGUUACUGUGACUAUUGCUGGCCAAGAUGUA